AUGUCCAAGUACUGUGAAUUCCAUGAAGACCAUGGUCAAGAAACAAAUGCCUGUAGAGAGCUUAAGAUCGAGAUAAAGAGAGCCUUAGAUGAGGGAAAGUUGGAACACUUAGUCCCUGGUGCAAAGCAAGGUAAGAGAGCUACCCAAGCUAAGAAGACUUACACUUGGCAGAAGCAAGAUGGGAGGAAUGAUCGACCUCCACCCCCUGAUGGCCAUGUAUACAUGAUAAGAGGAAAAACCAAGUAUGAAAAAAGAAAGGCAGAAGUCCUUGAACCAUGGAGAAUGGUAUCAAUCUCAUUCCCUCCUGUAAGGGUAGUCUCUUCUGACCCAGUGGUAAUACAAGCCAGGGUGGCAAACUUUGAGGUUGGAAAGGUAUAUUUAGAUAAUGGAAGUUCCUCCGACAUAAUAUAUGACCAUUGUUUUCAAAAGUUACCUCAAAGAGUUAGAGAUCUUAAGCGUCCAUCAAGGACUCAGCUUGUCAGUUUCAUGGGAGAGUCUAACAGGCCGGUAGGAGAAGUUUUAAUGGAGGUUAUGAUGGGAGAAUACCCGUUUCACCGGAUUGAACUUAUUGAGUUCAUGAUAAUAAGAACCCUCUCUGAUUAUAAUGUCAUACUAGGCAGACCUUCCAUGCAAAAGUUUGGGGCAAUUCCAUCAACAGUUCAUGGAAUGGUGAAGUUCCCAACUCCAGCUGGAAUAGCUACAAUUCGAGGACGAAUGACUUGGCCAGAAGAGUGCAGGAAAGUUGAAAAAGUUCUACCAAGAAAGGUUGAAAAAUUACAAGAAAUUUAA